AUGCUGGACUUUAUGGACUAUAUCCAGCUAUCCUUCGCCGAGGCGACCCACUGGAAUCGUGACAACUCGUACUCGGCACUCACCACAACCUCCCAAUGUAUCAAUUCUGGACUUCUCGACUCCGGAGCGAUUGCGCGUUCACCUUUCAUCGUUGUCCACCCCCAUUUCGCAACCAGUUACACACUCGGUACCGUGGGACUGAUCGAUGGAUCUGUGUCAUAUCUCUUUAGUACUGUGCCCUUUAACAACUUGCCAAGUGGAAGUGCAUCAAUUCCACUUCGAAAGAUAUCCCUAGGGUACCGACAAGUGCAGGCCCCCACGGCCCCAAUCCAGACAUGGGGAUGGGAUUCGCUAUUAGACGGCGUGAGCAUUCCAGGACUCAAAGAUACGAGUCGCACAGAACCAUCAAGUCUCAAAGACGGAGAAAACAGCAAGAAAAAUGAGGCUGAGCGGAAAGCAACUCUGCUCCAUGCUUCUCUCCAUCUUCCGCCUCCAACCACUCUAUAUGCGCUCUUUCUCCGCAGAAUCUCUACCAAUAUGCAGCUAUCCCUAGCAGUCUGCUCAACCCAGGGACCACCGCAAUCCAAAUCUGCACCGCAAGCAUCAAUGCUCACCCAGCUAUCCCACGACACAGGCAAAUACAGCAACGAGUACCUGUUCAGCACGGACAAUGCGCUAUUCGGCUGGCGCGGACUCUGGAAUUUCGGCCCCGAUCCCCGAUACACUCCCGCCGACGCGCCGCCGCCAUUGUCCCUCCUUUCUGCAGGUGCAGAGGCAUACUACUCUCCCGUCUCAUCAUUGGUUGGCAUGUCCACGGGCCUGCGAUUCAGCACACUACCCGCAGCCACCGAAGUCCCACUAUCAUCACCACGCUGUAACACGUCAACGCCUAUCUCCACCUUCCCUUAUACACUAACUCUAACGUUGGCACCAAUCACGGGCUCGUUAUCAACAACCUACUCCCUCCGCGCCUCGCCCAAUCUCGCUUUCAGCUCCCGCUUCGGCUUCAACGUCUACAGCUGGGAAAGCGAAAUGGUCGCUGGCUGCGAGCUGUGGCGCCAAACCCCGAAAUCCAAGCCUACCGAUGACGAUCUUGAAUGGGCUCGCCGCAAAAUGCGCCUGCAUGACUUCGGCGCUUCCCUGCCUGGAGCGCCUCCCUCUCCGCUUCUAGAGGACCCGGUUCGCCCCGAGGGUCUAGUGGGCUCAAAGUCUAAUAGCGAGGUUGAGACGAGUGAUUCUGUCAUUAAGCUUCGCAUUGAUCAAUCUUGGAAUGUGCGGUUGCUCUGGGAAGGCCGCGUCAAGGAGCUUCUGGUGAGCGCGGGCGUCGGGCUGGGUCCGGGCUCGUUCUCUUUGUCGCCUUCCGUUUCUUCGGCUUCGGGCAGCGGCUCGGGCCAGAGUGGAGGCGGGAAUCCUGGAAUGUCGUAUUGGCGUGGGGUUGGUGUUUCGGUACUGUACUCUUCAUAG